UUUAUGCGCAGGGCGGCCGGCGGGCCGGCGGGGGUGGGAGGAGCCGGGCAGGUUGUGCCCGCCGGGCCCUCCUCCCUCGCUCCCUCCCCGCCCGGCGGAGAGGGGUCGGGGGAGGGGGCAGCAUGGCCUGUCCGUCCGGCCCCUUUUCCAGCGCUCAUCUGCCCCGGGAGUGCGGCGCCGCUCCUCGCAGGGAGAAGAGGUCCGAAUGGAGACAGACGGCAGCCAGCCCGGCCUCGCCUCCCCGGACUCCCCGCACGACCCCUGCAAAAUGUUCAUCGGGGGACUGAGCUGGCAGACCACGCAAGAGGGCUUGCGGGAGUACUUCAGCCAGUUCGGCGAGGUGAAGGAGUGCCUGGUGAUGCGGGACCCGCUGACAAAGAGAUCCAGGGGCUUCGGGUUCGUCACGUUCAUGGACCAGGCUGGCGUCGACAAGGUCCUGGCCCAAUCCAGACAUGAACUGGACUCCAAGACGAUUGACCCGAAGGUAGCAUUCCCUCGCCGAGCACAGCCCAAGAUGGUGACCCGAACGAAGAAGAUAUUUGUGGGUGGUCUGUCUGUGAACACUACUGUGGAGGAUGUGAAACAAUAUUUCGAGCAGUUUGGGAAGGUGGAUGAUGCGAUGCUGAUGUUUGACAAGACAACCAACCGACACCGAGGAUUUGGGUUUGUCACAUUUGAAAGUGAAGACAUUGUGGAAAAAGUAUGUGAAAUUCACUUCCAUGAGAUCAACAACAAAAUGGUGGAGUGUAAAAAAGCUCAGCCGAAGGAGGUGAUGUCCCCAACGGGCUCUGCACGAGGGCGGUCCCGAGUCAUGCCUUACGGGAUGGAUGCCUUCAUGCUGGGGAUCGGCAUGCUGGGUUAUCCAGGCUUCCAAGCUGCUACCUACGCGAGUCGAAGUUACACUGGCAUUGCACCUGGUUACACUUACCAGUUCCCUGAGUUCCGUGUAGAGCGGACCCCUCUCCCGAGUGCCCCCGUCCUCCCUGAGCUCACAGCAAUCCCCCUCACUGCGUAUGGACCGAUGGCAGCAGCAGCGGCUGCGGCGGCCGUGGUGCGAGGGACAGGUUCCACCCCCAGUCGCACCGGAGGCUUUCUGGGCACCACCAGUCCGGGGCCGAUGGCAGAGCUUUACGGAGCUGCCAACCAGGACUCAGGGGUCAGCAGUUACAUCAGCGCUGCCAGCCCAGCCCCGAGCACCGGCUUUGGACACAGCCUAGGGGGUCCCUUGAUUGCAACAGCUUUUACCAAUGGGUAUCACUGAAGCUGGGGACCAAGGAGGCAGGAGAUUCCCCAGUGACCUGACCGAGGACAGCGCGUGGCUGGAGGAUCUGGUGAGCCUCGGGGGAUGAGCCAAGGUUUCCUUUCUCUUGAAUCAAACUGCACACUGCCGGCUGGCUGCCAGGCUCCUGCCGCCCUGCCCGAUCUCUCCCUUUGACCAGACCACACUGGACUGAACCCGAGGAGAUCAUCUCGCUUUCCUACUAACCACCGACGGUUUACGCUUCCCCCUCCCUGCCCCCAGCCCACUGAUUCUUCUUUUAUUUAUUUUAUUAGCUGUUAGUUUUAUUUUUUUAUUUUAUUUUUUUAUCUUUUUUGGGGGCUGCCCCUUCUUUUUGUUGUUUGCUCUUUCCCGAGCUAGUAGACAUAUUUUAUGAAUUGGCUUUGUGAUUGUGUUAGGUAGUUUUCAUUGAGGAGUAUUUUUAUUUGGCUUUGAAACUGUUUUGAAUAUUUUCAACUCUGUUGUUGUUGUCGUCAGUGUUUUUAAAGCACGGUAUGUAACAAGAAGGCAGUUCUGAAGGGAAGAAAGAGACAGAGAGAGAGAGCAAAGGCUGAGAGGAACUGCUGUAUUUCUAUUUUUUUUAAAGAAACUGUUUUUAAUUGUUUCUGUUUUGUAAAUGUGAGGCUUUGAAAAGUGUGAAACUCCAAGGAUCCGAAAACGUUGGACAUCGCUAUGGAACAAAACAAAUGUAUAUUUUGCUAAGUGAAAAACACUAUCCUUACAGCUGAAAGAUUUUUUUUUUUCCUAGGUUUAGUUUUACGUGGGGUUUUCUUUUUCCUCCUGUAUAAUAUGUAAAUAUCGUGAGCUGAACCUGGCUGCUGCCUGCAGCCUGGCUCCAAGGAGCAGCUCCAGGUCCUGGACUUGGUGCCGCAGCGUGAGCAAUACUCUCCAGCAGAAUCCUGACAGGACUUUGUUCUUUUUUUGUACACCUUUUACUGUAAGAUUUUAAGACCUCUGAUGAGAUGAGAUGAAAUGAAAGGGGGGCGGGGGGGCGGGCGGGGUGAAACGUACCAGCCAUCGGCUGUUUUGCUGAGCGGGUUAAAGCUGCUUCCAAUUGCUUGAUGUACAGACUCCAUCCCUGGGCUCCGUAGCACCGGCUCUGGGCUGGCUUAGGGAAAGGGCUUUGCCGCCGUUGCUUGUCUUGGUUACUUUGAAAGGAAUUCACUCUCCAAACUUUAUCGCUUGCGUCAAGAUUUCCUGGGAAAGGGGAUCCUCCUCCGGAGGCGAGGGUAUCAGAAGGGGUGUCAGCCGGGGGGAGAUUUGGGUAGUCGUUCUCUGAAGGGCAGGGCUCUGGGAUGGGGAUUCAUUAACAGGGGAGAAAAGCAUUAGGGUGGUGAUUUGGGGGCGGGUUAAGGGCUUCUCAGGGAUUAUAUGAAUUCUAGAAUUGCAGCUUCCCGUUUGCUUUACUCUGUGUUCUGAAGACUGUGGGAAUUUGUCCGUUGUCCUGUGCGGGGUGAUCUGGUCCCUUCUCCAGAACCUGCUGGGGCUUCCCCUGGUAUGGUCCAGGCCUCUGCCAACCAGCACUCUGCCAGGGGAGACCUCCAGCAGGAAUACAUGGGGCAGGUUUGGGUCUGGAUUUCAGUGAACCAAAGACCUUGUUAAGGGGGGUGAUUAAGCCUUUUAUUAAGAUGCAGCCAAACUCUUUUCCCAGGGAAAUAAAAGCUUCAUCUUAAGUUUUAACAAUCAUUCCCUCUCUUCCCCCAAACUGAGCCCCUGUAAAGGAGAUGGGCAUUUAGAAAAGGACUGGGAGGGCCACAGUGCCCACAGGGCCCUUUUUCUCUUCUAUCUCUCCCCCGUCUGCUGGAACUUGUCCUGACCUGGGCGAUGCGUUUGGAGAGUUCUGUUUAGGUAAGAAGGUACUUAACAGAUCAGUACUGAAAACACAAAGCAAUAAUUUUUGUUACUGAGACAAGAGUCUGUAUGUCUGUUUUUUUAAAUAUUUCCUAAUUAAAGAAGAGCUGCAUUUUAUUGGGUUUAUUUUUAUUCUAUAUACUUCAAAUUUGGGUCUGCGGACAGCGCUUUCCUCCCUCUUGGUGUAUGCGCUGAGCUGCUUCCGUGCCCCCUCCAGACAUCCCGGGCCAGCUGUGCUGCUGCUGGGCUGUGAGUCACUCUCUGGCCACUGCCUGGAGGCUGGGGCUCUGGUUUCAGGGUGGGCAUUUUUUUUAAAAGAAAUAAAGCUGUGUUUUUAAGCCAGUAAGUUAUUACACUCCAGUGUUUGUUCUCUCCACACCUGUAACCCUUUUUCCAGAUUUCAGUUUUAAAUUCCUAAUAAAUUAUUUGAAAACUGUCA